AUGAGUGGGAGGCAAAUUAGGGAGUUGAGAGAGGAAACAGAGCACAUGUUCUACCACGGUUUUGAAAAUUACAUGGAACAUGCAUUUCCUGAGGACGAAUUGCGCCCCGUCUCUUGUCGCCCGUUAACGCGCGAUCGCGAAAACCCCGCCCACGUAGAUCUUAACGAUGUCCUGGGGAAUUACUCCCUAACACUCGUCGAUAGUUUGUCUACUUUAGCGAUUCUCUCCUCCUCCCCGCCUUUGUCGUCUGGUUCGAAUUCAGAUUUGGAAAGCCCGCGCAAGGCGUGGGGAUAUUUUCAGGACGGAGUGCGGGAUUUGGUCGAGCUUUAUGGCGACGGGUCAGAUGGACCGGCUGGCACAGGAUCGAGAGGGAAAGGAUUCGACUCCGAUAGCAAGGUCCAAGUGUUUGAAACAGUGAUUAGAGGAUUAGGGGGCCUCCUCAGCGCGCACCUUUUCGCAGUAGGCGAAUUACCUAUCCGCGGAUAUGAGCCCCCGGAAGACGAAGCCUCCUUUGCGAAAUUAUGGGAUAAAAGCGGACAUACCAAGGGCAACCCUGGGAUUCGAUGGGAAAAUGGAUUCGUGUACAACGGACAACUUCUUCGUCUCGCGAUGGAUCUUGGUACCAGGAUCCUACCCGCUUUCUACACUCCAACUGGCCUUCCAUAUCCUCGUGUUAAUUUACGGCGUGGCGUUCCAUUUUACACCAAUUCCCCGUUCAAUGCGGCUGCUGCACCAGAAACGGCGGCUCGUAUCAGUAAUGAUCAAGGCAAACAACAGGGGAAGACUACUCAAAAACCGGAGGUUACAGAAACGUGCAGCGCAGGCGCUGGGAGUUUGGUUCUGGAAUUUACGGUUCUUAGUAGACUUACUGGUGACGGGCGUUUUGAAGAAUUUGCCAAGAGGGCAUUUUGGGCUGUUUGGUCUCGUCGAAGUGAUAUCGGCCUGAUUGGAGCUGGUAUCGAUGCUGAGUCUGGGAAGUGGGUGAACUCCUAUACAGGUAUCGGUGCUGGAAUUGACAGUUUUUUCGAAUAUGCAUUGAAAUCUCAUAUCUUAUUAUCUGAGGGUGAUCGCCCGCAAUUUAACCUGUCUAGCCCGUUUCAUAAAUUUGAUGACUUUUACGCCCCUCUUAGCGAAGAGGAGCAUUCGCCAGAUGCAUUCCUUAAUGCCUGGGAGGAAUCUCGAGCAUCCAUAAAACACCAUCUAUAUCGCGGCUCCGGCUACCAACACCCUCAUUAUGUCCAAGGCGACAUCAUCACCGGAGCUACACGCGCAUUUUGGAUAGAUAGUUUAAGCGCCUAUUUCCCGGGCCUUCUAACUUUGUCUGGAGAUGUGGAUGGAGCUAUCGAAGCUCAUUUACUACACGCUGCGGUUUGGACUCGAUUUUCUGCUUUCCCGGAACGGUGGAAUGUUGCUACAGGGAACAUUGAAAACGGCCUUGGAUGGUGGGGUGGUCGCCCCGAAUUUAUCGAGUCUACGUAUUACUUGUAUAGGGCGACCAAAGAUCCGUGGUAUCUCCAUGUUGGGGAGAUGGCACUGCGGGAUAUCAAACGCAGAUGCUGGACCAGGUGUGGCUGGGCUGGUCUUCAGGAUGUUCGAGACGGGCAGUUAAGCGACAGGAUGGAAAGCUUCUUUCUUGGGGAAACUGCAAAGUAUCUGUUUCUACUUUUUAAUCCUUCGCACCCCCUUAACGACCUUGAUGCUCCGUUCGUCUUCAGCACUGAAGGUCAUCCCCUUAUCAUCCCGAAAUCGCCGGUGAAAACUACCAAGAAGAAGAUAAAACUAGCAAGCCCACAAAAUGUUGACACGCAACGUGACUCUGGAGCAACAUGUGCAGUGCCAGCUCCACUUUUACCCUUGGGCUGCUCUUCGAUUGCUGGGCGGCCUGAUAUUUUCCAUGCAGCGAGCCUCGCAAGAUUGCACCUGAUGCCGGCUCGGCCGGAGGUUGACUCACCCAUCGUCGAAUAUGCCAUCGAUCAUCCAAGAAUCUCGAUGUCCGACCUAAUUUCGCCAUCAAACUACACAUACUUCCCAUGGACACUGCCACUGGAGGUUAUUCCACCCGAAGCGACAAGUGCACCAAUGGCUGUCAGACCAACCCUUGACCUUACGUUCCCACCAUUUGCCAACACGAUCUUUAGCCCUGGAUCCUUGGAGCGAGUGCAAGACGGAGUUCUCGUGAAGUCCAUUGGCGGCCUUCGCCUGGGUAUGAUCCAGGAUGUUCCGUUAUUUACGGACGGGUCGUCAGCAAGCACCGAAGGCUAUCGCGUCCAAAUUAUUAAUAACUUUCCACUCGGAAAGGAUGAAAAGGUUUAUAUCUCGAAGGAAGUAACGGAUGCUUUGAACUCCGAAGAUCCAAACUUCACAAGGGUGCAGGAUUCGACGCUGUUGGACGUUGUCUUGGAUCUCAGAUCCGAAGUUGCACCUAAUGAAAACGUGUCGUCAACACUGACAGCCGCUACAAAUAGUGAAACAAUAAUAGGUGAACUUGAUGACUUUCACGCGUCCUUCGACGCAUCAACUUUUGACGCGUCAAAUAUGAAACUAGCCUUCGCAUCCUUCUUCAAUCAAGUCACUUCCCUUCUCCGAGAUGACUCUGACUCAACGCUGAGCUCGUUUUCGUCUCGGAAACCCACCAUCCGCAUUACAAUUCCCGCAACUACUUCCACCGGCAAGGGUUCAACAUCACUACCUGAUGUUGAAGAGGCGCUGCUCUCCCCAUCAACCGUAUCGAAAUCCAACAAAGGCAAAAAGCUGGUUAACCGCCUUCCAUGGUCCACCAUAUACGUCGCAGAUGAGCUCUGCGACCAUCGACUCCCCGCCGUCGUACCCAGAACACACCAUAUAAUCGUCAUAAAACGCGGCGGAUGCAGCUUUUCCGCCAAAAUCAAGAAUAUACCUUCCUUCCGCCCCACGAGUGAUUCCCUCAAGCUUGUGAUCAUUGUUUCGUACCCUCAACCGGGCGAUCGCCCGCCGUCUUCUUCGUCUACUUCCAGCUCCGGUACGGAUCCUGAUACCCCCACGAACUCCGUCGUGGAUACAGAGGAGCCUUAUCUUAUCCGUCCUUUGCUCGACGAAGUACAAACUGUGGCUGGCGGAAUUCCCCGCCCGAAUCCGCUAAGUGUGAUUCUUGUUGCCGGCGGCGAUAAGACAUAUAACUACUUUAAGCAUGCCGUGGGCGUGGGCCUUCGAAGGCGAUAUGAGAUUAGGUCGCAGGGCGUACCAAUUGGUAACCUAAUUGUGAUAUGA